AUGAAUACUUCUGAUGGAAAUGGUGAUAAUGAACUUUUAAGGGAAAACGCACCACUUAAAAAUACAUUUUUUCUCGUUAUACUUACCAUAACUGCAGCAAUCGGAGGCUUUCUAUUUGGCUACGACACAGGGAUUAUCGGCGGCGCAAAUCUUUAUAUUUAUGACGAUCUAGGCUAUGACACUCCUAUUGUAUUAGAAACAGUUGUCAGCUUAACAGUAGUCGGCGCUGUCUUUGGAGCUGUAGCUGCAGGUCCUUUUUCUGACAAAAAAGGAAGGAAACCUACAAUUAUUGUAGCGGAUGGUGCUUUUAUAGUAGGAGCUGUGCUAAUGGCCUGCGCUCCUAGUGUCUGGGUACUUAUGGUAGGCCGAUUUAUUGUAGGAUUAGGCGUGGGGUCUGCAGCUAUGGUAAUUCCUGUCUAUUUAGCUGAGUCAGCUCCUAGAGAACUGAGAGGGACCAUUGUAAGUGUUAACGUCUUGUUUAUAACUUCAGGACAAUUAAUUGCAUACUGCAUCUGUCUAGCAUUAGGCGACCAUUGAAGGUGAAUGCUGGGUCUUGCUGCUUUCCCUGCUGCAAUACAAGUCGGUGGAAUGCUCUUUUUGCCUGAAAGUCCAAGGUUUUUAUACAAAAUUGGGAAAACUGAAGAAGGACUUAACACUUUGCUAAAAAUAAGGCUGAACUGGCGGCAUAGGAAAUAUGAAUUUAUAGAAGACGAGGUCAGAGGUAUAGUCGAGUCCUUAAAAGAAGAAGGGAAUUAUUCCUAUAAAGAUCAAUAUAGGCUAUUAUUUAAAAACUGCAAAAGGUCAGCAAUGGUAGGAAUUGGGCUGCAGUGCUUACAGCAGCUUUGUGGAAUUAAUACAGCCAUGUAUUAUGGUCCUCAAAUUAUGCAGGUCGCAGGGUUUGACUCCUCAGGAAGAGCAGCUAUUGUGGCUAGCCUGCCUAUAGCCUUUGCGAAUAUGGUCGGAACUUUUAUAUCGGUCGGGUAUAUAGAUAAGCUGGGGAGAAGAUCCACGCUACUUUAUACGAUUCCGCCGAUGGUCUUUUUCUUGCUGUGUCUGGGGACGAGCUUUGUAUUUAUCACCUUUAUGGACGCGGGGGAAGUUGUGCAGUAUUUAGCUGUUUUUUCGCUGCUGGUAUAUAUUUUGUCGUUUUCUGUGGGAAUGGGAACGUGCCCUUGGAUUGUGAAUUCGGAAAUUUUUCCGUUAAAUUUAAGAAGUGCAGCCACAAGUGCGUCAACGACUGCAAAUUGGGUUUCGAACUUUAUUGUUUCGAUGACUUUUGCGUCUGCUAUUUCUUUUUCUGCUGGGAGAGUAGGAGUUUGGGUCGUUCUGGCUGGAUUCGGAGUUCUCAGCUGGUUCUGGGUGUAUAGGCUGCUUCCUGAAACCAAAGGGAAAUCCUUGGAAGAGAUUUUGACGAUGUUUCAAACAAGAAAAGAAGUCGACUAACUCCUUCCCUUGAGUAGCUGAAAAGCCAUUAAAAAAUCCCCUUUAUUGUGUUAAUUAAUAUUCUUCAGAGCAAUAAAAACGUUAAUAUAAAUUUUUUUUACAAAUAAUAAUCUGAUAUAUGAUUAAUAAUUAUGCUGCUGAGAUCCCCAGCAAUUAUAUUUAGAUUUUAACCAGCUUGCAUCUUUUAAAUGCAGAUUUCAUAAAUUAAAUAGAUUUUUCUUGCUAAAAACAGUUUUUUUUUAGAUCCAGAAAAAUUGUUUUAUAUAAUAUAAUUUUAAUAUAUAUUUGUUGAAAAACCGACUAAAAAAAAUAAAAUAAUUAUAUUGAAUAGCCCUUAUUCUAGUUUAUAUCUAAAAAUUAGAGUAAUGAUUAUCAGCAUGUAAACUUUUAUUCAUUAUAAUUAGGGAUAAGGUUAGCAAGCAUAAAAAUUGCCCAAUAUCCAAGGUGAGGGAGUAA